GGCACGUUGCUAUUCGCGCGCGGCCACGACCUCCGCUUCAUCUUUACCGAGAUAGCAUCUACAGUCCCCGGCGAGGGUGCGAGUGAUGCCGCUACUCGGCAGCAUUAUGACCAUCGCCGUUGAUAGUCCGACAACGGCGUCCACGAGCGUCUUCGAGGGGAACAUGACGUGGUCUCGACCAAUCAGUGGUGGCUCUACGUUUUCGAGUAACGAGGCCCACCCGACACGUGCGAUCCCGUACGGUGAGCGUCAGGCCGUGGCAGCUACCAGCGAUCGUGUUAAUCGCCUCCACAGUGGCGGAGGUGCAGAGACAGAAGCGAGCGAAAACGCUGCUAGAAACAACGAAAAAUACACCGAGGGCGGCGAGCGUGGCAUUGCAACGAAGAGAAAGGGCGACGUGGCAGCAAGAAAGGAAGCUUCCCACCAUUGCGGCCAGACUUCAGAAAGUCGAGUUUGUGGCAGGAACACCGUAGGCGCGACAAAGAGUGGGGAAACUGCAUUUACUGGCGAAGAAAACGUGGCAGGGAUAGGCACUGGAGGUGGCGGCGGUGAACAAAGUGUCGACGGCAUAGGCAGUACUAACGAUAGUGUAAGUGUGAGUACAGGUAUAUCGAAUAGCACGGAGGAGGGAGUCGCGAUCGAAUACGGGAAGGGUCUGUUGCUCUUCGGUUUUAGCGACACGAUGGAGGACAUGAUCGGUUCGUUCAAUGACUCGUUCAACAUGAGUCACCGUCAUCCUUGGAACCUUAGCUUGUAUAACGAUACUUUGAUCGUUCUGGGUGAGAGUCUGUAUCCGUCGGGAUAUACCCUUCCGCACAUUGUACUUGCGUCUAUCCUGGCGACGAUGCUGAUGAUCGUGAUUGUCGUGGGAAAUAUGCUAGUGAUAAUCGCCAUCGCCACGGAAAAGGCGCUCAAGAACAUACAGAAUUGGUUUAUAGCCAGCCUCGCGGUAGCGGACUUCUUUCUCGGCCUCGUGAUCAUGCCAUUCUCGCUCGCUAACGAAAUCAUGGGCUAUUGGAUCUUCGGAUAUUGGUGGUGUGACAUUUAUUCCGCCAUGGACGUGCUGCUGUGUACAGCCAGUAUUAUGAAUCUGUGCCUCAUCAGCCUGGACAGAUUUUGGAGCAUCACCCAAGCGGUCGACUACCUGAAGAAAAGAACGCCGGCUAGAGCGGCGCUCAUGAUCGCUCUCGUCUGGCUGUUAUCGGCGCUCGUUUGUAUACCUCCGUUACUCGGGUGGAAAAGACCCACUCCGGAAGAAGAGUAUCCCAAGUGCGAGCUGUCGGAGGACAUCGGGUAUGUCCUUUAUUCUGCUCUGGGCAGCUUCUACAUCCCAUCUUGUAUCAUGGUCUUCGUCUACAUACGUAUAUACUUCGCUGCCAAGGCUCGCGCGCGUCGCGGCAUCCGGAAACAGCCACGUCCACGCGCGGUAGUUCCGCCGGAAUCGCCCGACGUCAGGCAGACGAGCUUCACUCAGAGCACGCCGGCGACCGAUACCAAGAAACCACCGGGAUUAGUCAUGGAAAACGUCGCCACAAUCGAGAACCAACCGGUCCAGAUACCGAUUGUCACGUGCGACUUUGCCAGCGACGUCAGCACGUCGGAGGCUGAUCCCGGUGGAGGCAUCAGUAUACAAAUGGAGGAGAAAGACACGCUGAAGGUGAGCGUACCGGUACCGGCGCAAAAAAGCAGCCUGAAGGCGACCUUGUCGGUGAACGGGGAUGGGCAAUCGGGCGGUCAGAACGUGCCGGCGCGAUGCCGAGCGCCCAGCGUCGGCAUCGACGUCGACAUGGUGUCCGAGUUCGAUCCCUCAUCGUCGGACAGCGGCGUCGUGUCGAGAUGCGCGGUGGUGAAGCCGCUGAAGUUGCGUCUGUGCCAGCCGAUCUUUGGUCGCAAGCACAUAGGUAAGUUGAAGAAGGAGCACGGCGACGCGGCGCGACACGCCGGCAAGGACGAGUCAGGCGGCGGCGACGCCAAGACGGCGAAGCCGCGCGACCCGGAGAGAGAGAAGAGGAGACUGGCGAGAAAGAAGGAGAAACGGGCAACCCUGAUCCUGGGCUUCAUAAUGGGCAGCUUCAUCGCUUGCUGGCUGCCCUUCUUUGUCCUUUACAUCGUCAAGCCCCUCUUCCCCAAGUUUGAGAUACCCACGCAAGCCUUCGUGAUCGCUUUCUGGCUCGGCUACAUGAACUCGGCGCUGAACCCCUUCAUCUACACCGUUUUCAACAAGGACUUCCGCCGCGCCUUCCGCCGGAUACUCUUUAAAUGAGCGAUGCAGUAUAGCGUCGACCAAGAGGGACGCUAGCGAUAACCAUAUUCUUCAUCCUCGGGUACACCGAUACAGAUCGUACCUCGAGGAUGUUUCUCUCGAUCGCAUCGCGCGACAGCCGAUCAGUUUCCUCGAAUGAUCUCCGAGGGAAACAUUGAUCGCAUGGCGGCGAGUGGAAUUCUACAAUGCCGCGAAAGAAUCUGCGAAAUAUGGAGUCAGAAAUGCGCGACACGCUCACGACAGAGAAGUUCGCAUUUCAGAUCGAAAGAAGUUUUCCAGCUGAUUUUGUUUUUUUAAAUGCGAAGCGAGCAGCGGAAAAUGCGCAUUGUGAAAAAUGCUUGGACAAGACAUGCCGCUUCAUAUAUCCCUUUGGGACCUUUGUCAUCUUCCGAGAAGACGGAGACGAAGAGAUUCUUCUUGCGUCCGUCAAAUCAAUGUA